GGAGAGACAAGAGGCGUCACCGCCUAAGCUCCACCUCUAGCUGCGUCUUCUAAUCGCGUUUUUCCGGUCGGGGCUUCCUCUUCGCCUUUCCUCCGCCAUCGUGCGCUGUCUGUCCCCCUCGCCUUCUCGCCAUGUCUUCGCACAAGACUUUCAGAAUCAAGCGGUUCUUGGCCAAGAAACAAAAGCAAAAUCGUCCUAUUCCUCAGUGGAUUCGGAUGAAAACUGGCAACAAAAUCAGGUACAACUCCAAGAGAAGACACUGGAGGAGAACGAAGCUGGGUCUGUAAGGAGUCAACAAUGGCAAGACAGUUUACGCUGAAUCGUGGUCCUGGAUGAGCGUUAUCAGAUGGAGUUCAACAUUUUCAACCCUGAUCAUGUUUAAGUUGGGAGUGGGUUCUCCAGUAAUAAAUUGUGGAGCCUUUCAAA